AGAAGCUGACUGGAAAGAGCAAAAAAGCGCAGACAGACGGACACUAAGAAGAAAAUCUCUUUCUUUCGCUGAAAUUCAUUCAAAGAUACACUCUCGUUCUUAUUUCUCUCACCGCGUGGGUCUCUAGCUGAUUCUUGACACUUCGACAUGGCGGAGCGUUCUUCCUCUUUUGGACUUGGUCCUCGAUUAGAUCUUCAGCAACUGCAGUUUGAAGCACAGCAUCGGUGGUUGCGCCCUGCAGAAAUAUGUGAAAUUCUUCGUAACUAUCGUAUGUUUCAUAUCACAUCAGAACCACCAAACAGGCCACCAAGUGGUUCGCUUUUUCUUUUUGAUCGGAAGGUUUUGAGAUACUUCAGAAAGGAUGGACAUAAUUGGAGAAAGAAAAAGGAUGGAAAGACUGUGAAGGAAGCUCAUGAAAAGUUGAAGGUGGGAAGUGUUGAUGUGUUACACUGCUACUAUGCCCACGGAGAAGAAAAUGAAAAUUUUCAGAGGCGUAGCUAUUGGAUGCUUGAACAGGAUAUGAUGCAUAUAGUAUUUGUCCACUAUUUGGAUGUUAAGGUUAACAAGACCAAUAUCGGUAGAAAUAUUGAUACAGAUGAGGCUAUGUCAGAAUCCCAGAAGGGCAGUUCUGUGUUAUCUGGCUUCCCCACAAGUUAUAACAGCAUGCCUUCUCGAAGUACAGAUUCCAUGAGUCCGACUAGCACUUUGACGUCAUUAUGUGAAGAUGCUGAUUCUGAGGAUAUUCGUCAAGCAAGUUCUGGAAUGCACUCGUUUGGCAACUCUUUGGGGAGUGGUCAGGCAAUGGAUAGCAUUGAUACUUGUUCAAAUAGAUCAUAUUUUAUGCUUCCCAUUUCAGGUGAUCAUGGACAAUCAACAAUUUCUGUAACAGACUACAUUCCACAUGUCCAAGGGGAUACAUCUAGAUUAGGUAUUACUGCUUACAUUGAGGACCAAAAAUCACAUGUCAUGCCAUUAAGGGACACUAUCACAGAGCAAUCUGUUGGAUUGUAUACACCUUGUUCUUCCAUUUCAUCCGGUUCAAUGGGAAGCACCCUUGAACAAGAAAAAGCUGUUCCUGAGAAUCUCUACGGAUCUAAAAGUGGCCUCAAUGAGGACUCAAGGGGUUCUCAGUCUACCCAGUCAAAUUGGCAGAUUACUUUUGAUGAGAAUACUGGACCUUUGCCAAGAUGGAGCCUAACCGAAUCGUUGGGUUUGGAAUUUGAAUCUGAUUAUAGCAUGGCUUUAUUUGGGAGUGAAACUGAUAAUGCAAUUCCAGAGAUUUGCCCUGACUUGUUCACUUCUAAUGGAGAGCUAAAAGAGCAACCUGUGCAACAGAAGUUCCCAAAGCAGUCUACAGAUGCACAAUCUCAGCAUGCACCAAGAUCCGACAGUGAAUAUGAACUUCCUCGGGAGGAUAGUACUGGCUAUUCCUUGAAUGCAAAGCAUGCAUUACUUGAUGGAGAGGAGAACCUGAAGAAGGUUGAUAGCUUCUCAAGGUGGAUUACUAAAGAACUUGGAGAGGUGGAUGAUCUGCAUCUGCAGUCUUCCCCUGGUAUUUCAUGGAGCACAGAUGAGUGUGGGCAUGUAAUAGAUGAUACAUCAUUGAACCUGUCCUUAUCCCAAGAUCAGCUGUUCAGCAUAAGUGAUUUUUCACCUAAAUGGGCUUAUGCAGAUUCCGAGAUUGAGGUGUUGAUUAUUGGAGCAUUUUUGAAGAGUCAACUGGAGGUGGAAGCCUGUCACUGGUCCUGUAUGUUUGGGGAAGUGGAGGUCCCUGCUGAGGUUUUAACUAAUGGAAUUCUGUGUUGCCAGGCUCCACCUCAUAAGGUUGGACGGGUUCCUUUCUAUGUAACUGAAGUGAGGGAAUUUGAGUUCAGAGAGGGAUUUGCUAGGAAUGUAGAUUUUGCAGAUUUUUUCUACAGUUCAACUGAAAUGAUGCUUCAUUUGCGACUUGAUGAGUUACUUUCUUCGAAAUCAGUGCUAUCUACUAAUCAAGAUUUUGAGGGUUAUAUGGAGACAAGAAACUUAAUUUUUAAGCUCAUCUCACUUAAAGAGGAAGAGGAAUAUUCACAUAAGGAAGAGGCAACUGCAGGGUUGAGUGUAUCACAACACAAAUUGGAGGAGCAUGUGUUUCACAGGAAGAUUAAAGAGAAGCUCUACUCAUGGCUUCUUCACAAGGUAACUGAAGGUGGUAAAGGGCCAAAUGUAUUAGACAAGGAUGGUCAGGGUGUGUUACAUUUAGUUGCUGCUCUUGGUUAUGAUUGGGCAAUAACUCCAGUUAUAACUGCUGGGGUUAAUAUCAACUUCCGUGAUGUGAAUGGAUGGACAGCUUUACAUUGGGCUGCAUCCUGUGGCAGAGAGCGAACAGUUGCUGUCCUUGUCUCCAUGGGUGCAGCAGCUGGAGCAUUGACAGAUCCAAGUCCAGCAUUUCCUUCUGGUAGAACAGCUGCUGAUCUUGCUUCUAGCAAUGGACAUAAAGGAAUCUCUGGUUUUCUUGGAGAGUCAUUAUUAACUAGCCACCUUGCGUCACUUACAAUGGAUGAUCCAAGUGAAGAUGGUAGGAAUAAAACUUUAGGUGGGAAAGCAGUGCAGACAGCUUCGGAGCGAAGUGCAACACCUCUACUUUAUGGUGAUGUAUCGGAUACUCUCUGCCUUAAGGAUUCUCUUUCUGCUGUCCGUAAUGCUACACAAGCCGCCGAUCGCAUACAUCAAGUAUUUAGGAUGCAGUCAUUUCAGAGGAAGCAGUUAGCUCAGUGUGAAGACGAUGAUGAGUUUGGAUUGUCAGAUCAACAGGUUCUUUCCUUUAUAGCUUCUAGGGCUUGCAAAUCUGGACAAGGAGAGGGUUUAGUGAAUGCUGCUGCAAUACAAAUUCAGAAAAAAUUUCGUGGUUGGAAGAAGAGAAAAGAAUUCCUGAUCAUUCGCCAAAGAGUUGUCAAAAUCCAGGCCCACGUAAGAGGUCACCAGGUAAGGAAGCAAUACAAAUUAAUCUGGUCUGUUGGAAUCCUUGAGAAGGUCAUAUUACGCUGGAGACGUAAGGGCAGAGGCUUACGUGGAUUCCGACCAGAUACCCUUAACAUGGUCCCCAACCCACCAAGCAAUCCUUCACAAGAGGAUGACUAUGAUGUUCUCAAAGAAGGAAGGAAGCAAAGUGAAGAAAGGUUCCAAAAAGCCCUUUCAAGGGUGAAAUCCAUGGUCCAGUACCCGGAGGCACGUGCUCAAUACCGGCGGGUGCUGAAUGUAGUAGAGGACUUUCGUCAAACCAAGCAGGAAUAUACCAAUUCGGAAGACACUGUUGAUGGGGUGGCGGAUUUGAUUGAUAUUGAUAUGCUUUUGGACGAUGAGAACUUGCCUAUAGCAUAUGAUUGAUCCUCUGCAGUGGUUACUACUACUACUGCACUUCCCAGUGUAAAUACAUACAUGGCCAGUUGGUUUUAUUUGGCAUUGGAACAGCUCUAACAUCUCUUGCUGUAUAUAGUUCUAAUCAGAACUCUGCUUGGGUCCUUGGCUGUCGUGUUCUGUAUCAAAAUCCUUGUUGGACCCAUGGCUGAAUUCAAAAUAGAUUGUAAAAGCUAGAAUACAUUCAGGUUUGAUAGUUGUCACAGGUCAUAUACUGUAAUUUAGAUAUGGUUUGACUUUUAUAUAUGGUGGUUUUUACUUUUUAUACGCAAGGAAAUCCUAAUUAUAGUUGGGCGGGGACUUAUACAAACACAAAGGUAGUUUAAAAAUUAUACUUCAUUGCUGAUCUUGAUCUUGUUGGCUUAAUACAUGUUCAUAAACAAAUUUCUUGAGUUUAAA